AUGGAUGCGGUGACCAGGGAGCAGCAAACCGCUGAGCUGAUGCAGCAUGACAUCGUGAAGGCAUCAUCACCAUCAUCAGUACUCCUGGUGCAUCUUGGCGUUGUCGGAGCGUUGGCCAGCGGAGUGGCGUUGUGCGGCGGGGGAAGCGGGGCAUGCGCUUGCGGCGCUCUGUUGCACGCUCUACAUCCACUGCAGCUGUGGACUGUUUGCGGAUUGCACGCUGACAGGGCUGCCGCCAUCGCUGCUCCGCUGCAUUAUGCUGCCAUUGUAUCCGCGAAGAAGGUUCUGAUAUGUGUGGCGAGCGGUUGGUUGGCUACAGCAGCUCUCCUCGCGCCAUUAGCAGUAGCGCAGCCCCCGAUGAUCUACAGCGCAGGACUCGGAGGCUGCGCCCCCGAUUGCGGUGCUGGGCCGGCCGCUUUAGCGUUCUGCCUACUUUAUGCUUUGAUAACGCUUCUCAUCCCCACGGCUCUAGUACUUGCGUGUAGUUUGAAAAUCCUGCGCAUCGCCCGUUAUCACAGACACCGGAUAGCCGCUGCUAUCUACGAAGUGACGUUAUCUGCGCAAGUGACAGUGACACAUCAGAGAAACCCUUUCUCACCUCCACCCCCGCCCCGCCGCAGAGCGUUGUCAGCCGUCGUCCAGCCUUUAGGAUCACUAGCUAUAUUAUAUUUCCCCUAUUACUGUAUUCUAAUAUGGCCGGCAAUCGCUACACCACCUAGACUUUUAGCUGCACUAUCAGUGGCUUUGUUAGCAGCAGCUCCGCCGGUCAAUAGCAUCCUUUACGGUAUCAGGAGUCGAGCUUUAAAGGACUCGUUACGAAAUUAUAGGAGAAAAAGAAUGACAAAGAGCGAAGUGACACAAGAAAUCCAAGCGCGCACUCCCAGUGCUUGCGGGUCCAGGCGGCCGUCUCUAUCUGCUGGUUCGGGUUGUAUCCGUCCUCCGACUACAAGACGGUUAUCUGAUGCAGCGGUGAUGGGUGCCCGGGGGUCGGAGAGACCAGCGCCGAGGGCAGCAUCGUGUAACAUGCUACAGGACCCGCAGGAGGAUGAAGUGCCGAGGAACAGAACGUGUGCAAUACCUAUUAUCCGCGCUCCACCGCACGUAGUGUUGGGUAGAGCUCUUGGCCUAGAAGAGGGGGUAACUAGGGAACGACGUCGAAGGCAAUCUCCUAGGAUAACAGUAACUAGGGCAAUGUCUGAUGAGUGUGAGUCCCCAUCACGACGACCUCUCUGCCGCCAGCAAUCUAGGUCUAGCGGGGCUCUGCUGGGGACUAUGUCCUACACCCCAGCACUUUCGGAGGACGUCAAAUUGGAAAGCACAGAUGAGCAGCUACUGCUGUCCUGGCCUCAAGGCGCCAUUGUAAAUAAACAUGACGUUUUAUAA